AGGUAUAGCUUCCUCAGUGUAGCUAAUAUCUUUGCUUUCCUCACACUCUUCAUCAGUUCAUCAACCUUUUUCACUAGCUAAGAGCACACAAAUUCUUCUCAAUGGCACCACCUGAAGUUCCAGUAGAUGUGUUUACCUCCACGAACAAAGUCUCCACUUUGAGUGCAGGCUACUCCAAGAGGGCCUAUGUGACAUUCUUAGCCGGUACUGGAGAUUACGUCAAGGGAGUCGUCGGAUUGGCUAAGGGUUUGCGCAAGGUGAAGACUGCCUACCCUCUUGUAGUAGCAAUAUUGCCUGACGUCCCCGAAGAACACCGUGAGAUUUUGAGGUCUCAAGGUUGUAUUGUUCGGGAGAUCGUGCCUAUUUAUCCUCCUGAAAACCAAGUCCAGUUUGCUAUGGCAUACUACGUCAUCAACUACUCCAAGCUUCGGAUUUGGAAUUUUGAGGAGUACAGCAAGAUGAUCUAUUUGGAUGCGGACAUCCAAGUGUAUAACAAUAUAGAUCACCUCUUUGACACUCCUGAUGGAUACUUCUAUGCUGUGAUGGAUUGCUUCUGUGAAAAAACAUGGAGUCACUCGCCGCAGUACAAAGUCGGGUAUUGCCAGCAGUGCCCUGACAAGGUUACAUGGCCGGCCGAGAUGGGUUCUCCUCCUCCUUUGUACUUCAACGCCGGGAUGUUUGUGUUCGAGCCUAAUCGUCUGACUUACGAAAGCCUUCUUGAGACUCUCCUUGUUGUUCCUCCUACACCUUUUGCAGAGCAAGAUUUCUUGAACAUGUUCUUCCAAAAGAGUUACAAGCCCAUCCCUCUUGCAUACAACCUAGUUCUGGCCAUGCUGUGGCGCCACCCGGAGAAUGUGAAGCUUGAUGAAGUAAAAGUUGUCCACUACUGUGCUGCUGGAUCAAAACCAUGGAGGUACACCGGUGUGGAAGCAAACAUGCAGAGAGAGGACAUCAAGAUGUUAGUAGCAAAAUGGUGGGAAAUUUAUAACGACGAGUCCCUGGAUUUCAAGGCCGAUCAAACUCCGGCAGCUGCAGAGGAAGAUCAAACUCUCUCCAAGUCGUCGAUCAUGGCUUCCAUGCCUCAUGAGCCUGCCAUGACCUACAUUCCUGCACCCACUGCUGCUUGAAAUAUUAUCUUAAUUGAGAGUUUUCUUCUAAAUAGUUCAAAAGUUGGUGUGAUCAGUACUAAUCAUCUCAUUUACUCUUUCUUGGGUUGCCUGGCCUUCAUUUUCUUGGUCCCCAGAGGUACACAGAAACCACAUACCUAUUAAUACAUAAUAUUACCUCUUUGGCAAAAGGAAGUAUAUGUAACUUUUGCCUUGGUGUAUUAAAGGACUUGGUAUGUAUUAAGACUUCACUAAAUAGUUAAUAUACAUGUUCUAUAGUUUCUUCUA